AUGACUGACGACGACCGCCGGCCCAGCGCCAGCAGCCCCACGGCCGCCUCGUCGCACGCGCACCCCAGCCUGACGCUGCUGGAGCUGGUGUCCAACUCGGCCUCGUCGUCGGCCCUGCCCGACAGCUUCGACUUCAACGUCUCGCGCAAGGGCAAAUACCUCGCCGUCUACUCGGCCUCGAACAUCUGGCUGAUCCAGACCGUGCAGCUGCCGCGCCUGUUCGCCCGCACCCUGCAGGUCAAGCGCAAGCCCGUGGCCAUCGACAUCACCGAGGACGGCUUCCUGCUCGCCGUGCUGUCGCGGCCCGCGCAGGUCGACCUGUACGAGAUCCACGGCGAGCAGGGCGGCCAGAUCAAGAUGCGCCGCACCGUGCAGCUGGUGCACGAGGCCAGCUCGCUCGUCCUGUCGCCCGACGCCCGCAUCCUCAUCACCGGCAACAAGUUCGGCAUCGAGGUCGUUGCCGUCUUUCCGGACGCCCCUGCCACCGCGAGACGGACCCUUUCUGGCCCGGCCGGAGACGCCCUGGAGUUCUCCGACGACGGCCGCACGCUGCUCAUCACCGGCUACGCCCGCAAAUCAGACAGCUCUGCCCUGUUCGUUCUCCCAGGGCUGUAUGACGGCCCGCUCGACGAAGAGGGCGCGCCCAUACCCCAGCCUCCAGAGUCCGUGUGGACGGGCUCUGUGCUGUUUCCCGAGACCGCAAGGAUUGCCCGCCAGGCUACACUCCUUCCAGACGCAGACACGGGCACCUUCAACGAGCUUUUUGCUUUCAACGCAGAGGAGGACUCGUGGGGGAUUUACGAUAUCGCAUGUCAGCGCUUCACCCAGAGGAAGAUGUUCCUGCCGGAUCAUCAACGGUGGACACGCUCGGAAUUUGUCGACGAUGCUAUGCCGGCCGUCUCGCCCAACGCCGACCUGGCAGCGGUUGCUCUACGCAUGCGCGGAACCACAACCCUCUGGAUAUACGAAGUGCCGGGAUGGGAAUACAAGCCAAGCGAGAAAGCCAAGGGUGUAGCGCCUAUACAGCCGUGUUUCUGCAUCUCAAUCCCAAAGCUCGGAGUCAAUGCAUACCAAGAGAUUUGCGUACUGCGGUGGGUCAAGAUUAGCGCCAACAUCCAGCGCCUGAUUGCAGUGGGGAACUCAAGCAUAGCACAGACCGAGAACGAUGUACCGGACGUGCCAAUGGGCUCAAAGGGCGUCAUCAUUGUUCUUGAUUUCGACAAGACUAAGCCUGCUGAAAGUGCUGUGCCGGUAACCUCAAGAACCGAGUUCGACCUAGAUCCGCUCUGUCCUGGCGAGAUGCUGCCUGAAGGCUCGCUGGACUUCAACCAAGAGGUGGAGCUUAUGAGGACGAGGACUCUGGCCCAGCGUAGAGCACAGGAUCAAGCCAACGGCCCACGCCGAAGUUCGAGGAGUGGUGCCUCAUCUGUUCAGCGCUCCCGCACUACGGCUAGAUCACCGCCGAUGGCGGACGAAGAAGAGUUGACGGCCGAAGAAGCCCAAGCAGCCUUUGAGAUGCCGUAUGACAAUCAGCAACCCAGGUCACAGAUGUCUCUAGCAAGAGCGGCCACUGUAGCAGCUGUCUCGCCCGCCAAUCGGCGCCAUUUACGUGCACUCCCCUUCCGCCCGCUCGAGUACCGUCGUGCUGAUGGCUCUGGUCAGCGAGAGAUACCUCACGAGAGCGAUGCAGAUAACUGGGUCCCACCUCCGCCAGCUUACACUGCUAAAGCUGAAGAAGGCGAAAGCGUCAGUCUGAGCCAUCCAAACAUACCACCAACAGGACGUCGAUCCAGUCGCGGCGCAGGCUCAAGGUCGGGCGUUCCUCCAGUGCCCGCGCUUCCUGCAAUGUCUGCUACGGUGAAUCCUGCGCAGCUCUCGCCGACGGGGCCAUAUCAAAACAUAGGCCAGUCGUUCUCAGCCACGGACCUGUCGCUCCGACGGCCGUCACUCAGACACCCAACGACAUUCCCCAGCCCCCACUCCUCCGACUCUUUCCGUCGUCGAGGAUCUGCCGCACACUCCCCUCCACAACAACUAGUCCACCCUUCACUCCCGAUUUCUCCUAUACCCACAAACCCACCUACCCGCCGCCCCUCGCUCUUCGCCCGCCGCGUAGUCGAGAGCACAAUCGACAUCCGCCCACCACCCAUCACAGACCCAGAUCUACUCCGCCGCGGCUCCGCACCGCUCGUUCCCCAGGCCGUCGCACCGCACACAACCCCCGCGCCGCGCCACCCCGUCCCCUUAGCAGACCGCCCGCUCCCCCCCAACCCGCCGCUGAACCCAACAAGCACCCCCGUCCCGCGCGCACCCACCUCCCCCCAAGCCCACACCGACCACGCCAGGAGAAAUCUCCCCCGCCUCGUGCCGCCUGUGCAACACACUCAUGUCCCGCAACAAGGCUACGGGGUGCCGAUGAGUGCGCCGCCGCGCACGCAGGGCGAUGCGUAUGCGUACCAGGACCGGGGGAGUGCGGUGCUACGGGGCCCGUUUAGCGCGGCGCCGGAUCUGAGCGGGCGGGAAGCAGUGCAGGAAACGGAGAGUAGAAGCGAGAAGAAAGCGAAAGGGAAGAGGAGGAUGGGGUGUCUGGUCAUGUGA